GUAGAGCUUGAUGGCUGUUCGUUGUCCACUGAAACUCUCGUUGCGCUGGGAGAAGGCAAGUUCAAAAUAAAGCUUUCGGAAGAAGCUGAAAACGUGGUGAACAAAUCAAGGGAAUUACUGGAUGGCAUUGUGCGAGAAAAUAAAGUGAUGUAUGGCGUGACAACCGGCUUCGGAAUGUUUUCAAAGGUAGCGAUACCCAAAGACAAACUUGAGGAACUCCAAGAGAAUGUCGUAAGAUCGCACGCUGCAGGUGUGGGCAGACCUCUGUCAACGAAACGCACACGGAUGCUCUUUGCACUGAGGAUCAAUGGUUUAGCGAAAGGCCACAGUGGAAUUUCACUCAAGACGUUAAAACAGCUUGUGGCAGCCUUUAAUGAAUCAUGUCUCCCAUGGAUUCCUGAGCAGGGGACAGUGGGGGCAAGCGGCGAUUUAGCCCCCUUAUCUCAUCUGGCGCUUGGAUUAAUGGGGGAGGGGCAGAUGUGGAGUCCUAAAAGUGGCUGGGCGGAUGCUGCCUUGGUUCUAAAGGCUCAUGGGUUGGAUCGUUUACAGCUGCAAACGAAAGAGGGGAUUGCUCUGAUUAACGGUACUCAGUUUAUAACUUCUCUUGGUGCUGAAGCUGUGGAACGUCCUCGUAUGAUUGCGAGGCAGGCCGAUAUAAUUGCCGCCAUGUCAAUUGAAGUAUUGAAGGGAACCACACGAGCCUUUGAUGUUUCAAUCCAACGAGCGCGCCCCCACGUUGGCCAGCGUCGUGUCGCUCAGAGACUGCGCUCUCUUCUGCACUCAAGUGUGUAUCCGUCAGAAAUAGCAGAGAGUCACAGAUUCUGCAACCGCGUCCAAGACGCGUACACUUUACGCUGCUGCCCGCAGGUCCAUGGGGUUGCAAAUGAUACCAUCGAUUUCGUACAGGAUGUGAUCACAACUGAGAUGAACAGUGCCACAGACAAUCCUAUUGUCUUUGCUGAACGUGGAGAGGUUUUGUCCUGCGGAAACUUUCACGGCGAAUAUCCUGCCAAGGUGCUUGAUUAUCUGGCUAUUGGUGUCCACGAGUUGGCUAACAUGAGCGAAAGAAGAAUAGAAAGACUCGUAAAUCCAGCCCUCAGUGAGCUCCCAGCAUUUCUUGUAAAGGACGGAGGUUUCAAUUCCGGUUUCAUGACCGCGCACUGCACCGCUGCAUCUUUAGUUUCAGAAAAUAAAGUCCUUUGCCACCCCUCCUCAGUUGACUCGUUGUCUACUUCAGCUGCCAAAGAGGAUCACGUGUCCAUGGGAGGAUUUUCCGCCAGAAAAGCUCUUAACGUGGUUAAGAAUGUGGAAAAAGUCCUUGCUAUCGAAUUGUUGGCAGCUUGUCAAGGAAUUGAAUUUUUGCGGCCCUUAAAGACAACAGAGCCUUUAGAAGCUGUUUACUCACUGGUUCGGAAAGUUGUAAAGCCUUGGGAGAAAGACCGAUACAUGGCGCCUGACAUUGAGGCUGUUUUGAAGCUUGUAAAAGAAGGAAAGAUCUGGCAAGUGGUGUUAUCAUAUAUAACGCAUUACCAAAGUACCACUGGAUGUCAACAGGAAGUCCCAAGUAACAAUCUGUCUCCUACUGCAAGGGCUUUUUUGGAUGACCCUCCACCACCUAAAGAGAUCAAGCUAAAUAGGAAAUGAAUGGAAUGCUAAAAUGUAGUAGUGUCGUGGACGUUGCAUGUAGCGGAAAGUUUUUCUCCAAAUGAAAAGCCUUUGCGAUCAAAUCUGGGAUAAGUCAAGCCUGCUGUUUUAGUGUCCCGAAUCGCAGGCUACACUUUAAGUGAUCGAGCAUGUUGAGUAAUUUAGAGUGUUCAGUAUUCAUUUACCGGCGGUAAAUAUGGCUUUAUAGAAAGCAUUCACUGAAUCAAAUUUUAAUCAGGAAUUUUCAUUUAUUAACUCAAUGCUUGGUUACGAGGUUAAGAGUUUUUUCUCUCAAGGCUCAGAAAAGAUUUCCGUAUCAUAGUGCGGUUGAUCUAAAGUACAAUUUUGAUUGUUAGUGCAUUUUAAAUCUAAGCUAAGUUAAAAUGUAAUGCAUUCAUUUUCCCUGACAGAAGCUCGUUGGCUUGCAAAGGUUUUUUAAAAAUGGAUUUGCUUUCUUAAAUUUUCUUAAAAAUCUUUGAUAAGGAAUUGUUUACAUUUGUUAGUAACAGUCUCAGUUCUGGUUUGUUUUUGUUGCUUGUUUGUCUGUUUAUUUGUUUAGCUUAGGAACAACUAUUCAUGCUCGUUAUUAAUGGUUGACUUAGAAGAACAUUAUAUCGUUCUUGCAAAAGUCGUUAAAUUCAGGUAUCAAUAUAUAUUUUUUUCUUAAACUCGUCCACUGCAGUGUAGAAAUUUUAAAUGGGUUGUUGAUGUUUUCGCACUCCCUUCAAUCUGGCACUUCCUUGAGACGAUAAACAAAACCAAGCAAACAAAAACGAAAAAAGAAAGAAAAGAAACUUAAACAAGCAAACAACAACAGAGAAAAAAUUAUCUUUAGAUCAAAGUGUCGAGGAAAUCCACUUCUGUUGAGAUGAUUUAAUUUGGCUUUAUCGACUGAGUCAAUAAUGUAAAUUAGUUAUCGUGAAGAUUUCCAAAGUUGAGGUUUCGAACGUUAGCUCUUCAUUUCUUGCUCUCGCCCUCCCUCUUUCAUUUCACUCAGACGAAGGGCUGACGCUCGAAAUUUCAGCUUUAAAACUUCUUUACUGUGUCUAAUUUACUUCUUCAACUUGGGUUAUCAUGAAAACCGAAUUAUCUUGUACUACCCCCAACGACGCAGCACCACCGUUCCUUCAAAAACUUGCCCUUACUUGACUCCACUCUUCGCUAAGAUUGUAUUGUUUCCACAAAUAUAAGUUUAUCAUUCCAGCCCAACUUAGUCCUUUUAUUGUACGUGUCACAAGGAGCUGAAUUCGAAACGAUUUGCUAUGUGCAUUUACUUCCGAAACUCGCCUAAGGCUCUACGACGUCUGUGGAAGUGCUGUCAGACAUGUUAAUGGAGAAGGAGUUACGACAUAGAGAUCAUUUAACAAAGAGAAAUAGACAGAGGACUUCUUUUUCUCUUUCCAAGGUAAUGCUUCCAUGUUUAGAACAUUUAAGCCAAAGCAUGGCUCUGAAGAACAUUGUGAAAAGGAAAACAAGCCUCCUACCUUAUUUAUUUACCUUCUUGUUACAUGUUUUGAAUCAGUAUCAGUAUCUAGGCAACUGUGCACCAACCCCUCCUCAAUUACCGAACAACAGUCAGCCAACAGCAAGUUAAGGUUAAUGUUAGGUUAGGGGAGGGGUGGCUGUGCAAUUGCUCAGAUACUGAAUGAGAUACAUGUACCUUAUUCAUGUUCGUACUUGUACAAUUUUUACUUUGUUAAUUUUUAUUGGGGGAUCCAUGUUACUAUCAGAGUCACCUGUCUGCUUUUGUCUAUCUUGUUCUGCAUUUAUGCCACUGAUCAACAUUUAAACUAGUGUUUAUGAUAGUAUUGCUAUAAAGUGUCUUGCUAUAGAAAUGUAGCUUUACUUGAUGUGUAAAUUGCCUCAGUUUUGAAAGUUGAUCAUUACUUCGUGAAGUUAUGCAUGAAACAAGCAUUGUCUACCCAAGAGCUGCUGAUUAAAUGCUGGCUAUUAUUGACCAAAGUA